AAUUAUGUUGCUUUUGUAUGGAUUCUCGCACGGCGUUUCUCCAAUAAAGUGUCGCAGUAGUUCGCAUCCGCCCUCAUUUUCAACACUUUCUAAUCUCUACGUCGUGCUCUGUCGCUUUUUCUGAGGGUUGGGGACCGAUUUUGGCGUUUCAUGGAACGGGAGAGUCUCCCUUUUGUGCGACAGCGGGAGGGUUCUCGGAGUUUUUAUCAUUCCUCGUGGUGUAGUUGUGCUUCGUGUUUUCGAAGUUCCCUUCCGCUGUGUCUAGCGGGACUCUCGGUGGGACUUUUGUGAACGUAGAAGAUCUCUGUUCCGUCCUUCUUGGCAACAGAAACCUGUCUAUAAUACGCAUCGUCCUGUUUUGAGAAGCAGAGGUCAUCGUCGCCAACACAGUUUUCUCCCCCUUCAGAAAAUCAAUUUUUUGCGCUUCACCCGCUUUCCUAGUCACGAUGAAGCGCGUGCUGGAAUGUACGCUGAAUGUGUCUUCCCUGACGCGCAACGUCCGGGAGGAGCACUUGCGAGAAAUCUUCGGCUUAUAUGGAGUCGUCACUUCCUGCACCGUCGCAGUCGAUAAAGUCGCAGGAAUUCCGAAAGGCUACGCGUACGUAGAGUUCGACUCCGUCAGAGAAGCCGAGCUGGCUCGAGAGCACCUCAACCAAGGAAUGUUGGAUGGUCGCGCCAUGAAGGUGGAAUUUAGUUCGAAAGUGAAGGAGCAGAGGCAAGCUGAAAAGGCUCGCCUGGCAGCGGCUGCAGGGCCUGCCGCGUCAUCGGGGGCCAGGCACGGGGGACGAGGGUCGCCGGCGCGCAAUGGUCUUUCCAGGCGCGGGAGGAGUCCGCCUCGUUCUUCGUAUCGCCGAAGAAGUCCAAGCUACUCUGUCUCUCUUCGCAGAAAGGAUCGGUCGAUGUCUCCGCCGUCUCGAGACCAAUCUCCAAAAAGGGACUCGCGCACCUCCAGAAGAGACCGGAAUGAUAGGAGUCCGAGUCGAAGGCGGGAAAUCAGCAGAAGUUGCAGCCGAUAGGCGUUUUAUCUGUGUCGCACUGGCGGGCUGAUUCGUGAGGCUGACGGAAGAAGGCAGCGGCAUCAGCAGACAGCAACCCCGCGAGUUUCUCCUUCCAAUUUGAUUGCAUCGGCAAAGAACAGUCUAGUGGAAAUACCGGGAAUCUUUCCUCCGUUCAUGAACUCAAAAAGGCUUUCACUGAUUGUAUUGGGAAACGUGUGGUCAGUUCACCUAGCGAGGUACCUACGUGCCGGCAUAUGUACUUCGAUCGAUGCUCUUCUGUUAUUGGCGAAGCGUUCCAUCUUUCUGUGUAUCCACUUGUACAGUGCGGUGGCUAAACUGCAUGCACAGUGAAGAAGUAAAUUUAUCCGGUUGUGCAGGUGCUGGUCCCUGCGGCAAGUCCCCUGGGAUCGGCUCACAAAGGAUCCGUUUUUCGGGUCCUUUGUUUUCUUGUUCUUCCUCGCGAGCCCUUGCGACCAAUUCCUGUACAGAAAACCUGGG